AUGGAGAAACAUUUUGCUUGUGCUAGCCAAGGGUUCCCCAAAAAGAAUGAAAUAAUCAAGUUGUAUCUUUCUUCUGAUGACUUGAAAAUCCAGUGUUUUUUCCAAUCUGAAAACGAGCUUACUUCAAAGGAAUUUCUUAACUUGUUCACAGCAGAAGGACUUGCUCCCAGCUUGGGAAUCACAAAUAGUACAUAUAUGGGCAUCUUUCACUUCAAUUUAACUUUGUUCAGUGACCAGGUUUAUUGGUCGAUUAAUAUUCCGAGAGAAAACAUCACAAAAAAUACAGAUAUUACAGCUGUAGAAGAAUGGUUUGUGAGGAUCACUUUACAACAUGGAUUAAAUACUUAUGCUACUGAAGGAACACUGUUGGAUUGUGUUCGAGAACCUAUUCUUCAGUGGAAACUUGGGACUAGUAUGACAAAAAAUGACAUCAGUAAAUUAUAUCCACAUGUGGUAGAUCUCAAAGCGACAAAAUGCCCCUGUGCCAACGAUGUGGCAUUGCUUGGCUUCAUUGUGAAUACAACGCUUGCCGUUGGUGUUUACAUAGGCCUCAGCUUUUCUGGAUUUUGGAAUUAUGACAGUAUCAUGUGGUAUAACCUGACUGAUAUGAUCUAUUCCCAAGUUGCAGAAGAACACACAGAGAUUUCACUGGUGGAUAUGGUUUUAACAAAUCAUUUUUUAGUUAUCCUCACCUCUCUGGGUCUUUUUAUAAGUGAAGAUCUUCGUUAUCCAUCAUCUUCUGUCUUAACGUUUUCAAGGAAAGGCUUUUGUGGUUUUGAAAGGGUUGACUACAUUAAAGGAAAACUGUGGUAUAAUGAAAGGUGUUUUGCUAACAGAGAACACUUUGAAGUUGAUUAUGUUACUAUCACCUUUGAGAGAAACAGGACCCUAAGUGAGGCAAGCUCUUGUUUUUAUAGUAAAGAACCAUUUCUUGAAUGGUUGUCUUGCUUACCUCCCAUUUCCAAAGGAACAAAAACUAUUCCUUCAACGUUGAUAACAUUUCUUGUUGACCAAGAGCAAAGUUCUGGAGUCUACCUCUGCCAUAACCAGGUAAGGAAAGAUACCACUGCCACAGUGAGGAUCCUAAAAAACAACAAACCAAGAUUAGUACCAAAAUUUCCAGUUUUCUUGUUUCCUUCAUCAUUUUCUCCUGUUGGCAUGGUAUUCCACCCACGAAGUCAUUUUCUGUAUGCUUAUGGUAAUCAGGUAUGGCUUUCAAUUGAUGGCGGCAACACCUUUGAGCUAAUAGCCGACUUUCAUGGUGAUAUCAUUAAGAAUACUUACCAUAGUUUUUAUACUUCAGAUAUUACUUUCAUUUCCCAAAGUGGAAAGGUUUACUUGACAAAGGCAGGAUUAGGAAGAUAUAGUGAAAUUGGAUCUAUUUCUGAUAAAAUUUUCACAUUAUACUAUGACCACAUGGGAUUCAUACAUAAACUGACUCCAGAUCAUUUUGAAGCUGGUGGGUCGCUUGCUGGCUCUGGAAAUUCUAAAGGUAUUUUUGGACAGGCUCCUGAUAUGGGCUUUGAGACUGCCCUUGCUCCACAGUAUAUCACCUUAAAUGAGAUGAUCUUUUUUGCGUAUGUGCCCAAGAAUGAACCUAAGGAAAAUAUACACAACAAGAAGUUCAACGGCAUUCACGCUGGAAAAGUGAUCCACUCCAGGAAAACUGGAAUGGCUUACAUAAAAAAAAUAUUGCAACAUGACACUCCUGAAGGAUUUUUGUCCUCAGUUAUUGCAGAAGUGAUAGACCCUUUUGGAAUAGAGGAAGUGCAUGAGAGCUCUUGUUUGUCUAGUUCCCUUUACAUUAAUCAAACUGGAAUUUUCUCCUAUCAACUUACUCUUCAAUCACAAAAGAAGACGGUGGUGAUUCCUGGUUACAGCAGCUUCCUGAUCACAAGAAUUUUAGAUAAUGAGAAUGCUUUAGCUAUUGCUACCAUGCCUGGAAGAGUACCCAACAAUAUGACCUUUUGGAAAGACUCCUGGUUAUUAUACAACUUUGGGCAAAAGAAUGGACGAACAUGGAACAUAUAUUCAAAACCGUGUAAUUAUUGGUUUCAAAAACAUGAUGAUUUACUAUCCCUCAAUGUCCUGAAGUACAUUGAUCUGGGGAAAUCGAACUCCUUGAAAAUUAAGGUCAUGCCUAACACAAAAAGUGUUCAAAUACUUGAAAUACCACUCGUGGAAGUAGUUGUUGGAAAUCCAAAUUUGCUGGAAGUUAAAGCUGAAGACUCUUUUGAUGAUACUGAUAGUUAUCUAAUAGAAAUUUCUGCAGCUAGCAAAACUUUACAUCAAGGUUCAACUUCACUGGCAUUUAUUGUCUGGGGAGCAUCUACUGAGUGCUUUGUUACAACAAUCGUGCCAACAUUGAAAAGCAGCUGUAGUUAUUUCAAGUCUAUGCAUCACAUCCCCAGUAUAUUUAUCCCAAUGGAAGACUGGAUCAGUGGAGUUCACAUGGACAGUCAGGGUUUUAAUAUGAUCCAAGUUUUGCCAGUAAACUACAGGCCUCCUUCUAAUAUGGGAAUUGCUAUUCCGCUUACAGAUAAUUUUUAUCACGCAGAUCCUAGCAAACCCAUUCCAAGAAAUCUAUUUCACAAGUCAAAGAAAUCCGGUAAAUUCAAACAGUGUGCUAAUGUGUCUACUCGGGAGGAGUGUAAUUGCACCAAUUAUCAGAAGUUCUCAUAUGCUGUCGCUUUCUCAGAUUGCAGAGAAAAGGUUCCUCGUUUUAAAUUUCCAGUUUUACAGUAUCCAGUAUCUUUGAAGAUUUACAGUGAGGAUGGACAUUUCCCAAUGGAAGCGCCAUACCUGGUUACUGUGACUGAAGUGAACAGGAGGGAAAACUGGAAACUAAGACAGGCUGUACCAGAAAAUGUAAAAAUGAAAGACUACUUAGAAUCGAUUCUUCAUACUCCAGUGUAUAACCCUUUAGGCCUCAACUUAAGUAUAAAAGGCUCGGAGCUCUUUCACUUCAGAGUGUCUGUUGUUCCCGGGGUCACUUUUUGUAACUUAGUUGAAGAAUUUCAGAUUUAUGUUGACGAAGCGCCACUGCCAUUUCCAGGACACACACUUAUUGUCAUCGCAGCGGCUGUAGUGCUAGGGGGGUUGUUUUUUGUAGCAUUUAUAUUCCAAAUACAUAACAUCCACCCAUGGAAUACAUGCCAAAAAUUGCUUAGAGGAAACAAUAUGAACUUAUGAAAUGUCAGUGCCAGGCAGACGGCUUAGAGAUGAAAAUCUCAAUAGUGAACACAUGA